CGACGAACAGGAAACAGCCCAUGCCAGAGCAAACUCUUGUGGCACAAUGUGGAAAAUAAAACACGACUCAGUGGCAGCAACCACCACCCUUCAAAGCGUUCAAGCCGCAACCCUCCUGGAGACAUAGACAAGGGGCAAAGCAAAAGUGCCAAACAUUUGGACAAAAGCGGACUAGCGGAAACGGAAGUGGCCAAAACGAGAGGCCGUAAAGAGCCACGCAGCCGAAAAAAACACAGACACUACACGAGUGGAAGGAAUAGCAGAAUCACAGAGAUAUAAAAGACCGCAAAGGACAUCUCCCCCGUUAAAACAUGUACGCCGCCCUAAUGGACAUGAGCCAGUCUCUGGCCGCCAGUCUGGCAUAUGCCCCCCUCGAUCUGAGCGGAGUUGGGGCAUCCAAUGGGGAGAACGCGAGCGGGAGUGGGAGUGGAAGUGGCAGCAACGACAGCCUCGACUCCGACGCUGGCUCGUCUUUGGGUCAGCAUAAUGCCAGCGGCAAUGGGCCGUAUGUGCCCGUCUUGGAACGCCCGGAGACGUACAUUGUCACCGUGCUGUACACGCUCAUCUUCAUAGUGGGCGUGCUUGGCAACGGCACGCUGGUCAUCAUCUUCUUUCGGCACCGCUCCAUGCGGAACAUACCCAACACGUAUAUCUUAUCGCUGGCUCUGGCCGAUCUGCUGGUGAUUCUGGUGUGCGUGCCCGUGGCCACGAUAGUGUACACCCAGGAGAGCUGGCCCUUUGAGCGGAACAUGUGUCGCAUCACCGAGUUCUUCAAGGACAUCUCCAUCGGAGUGUCCGUCUUCACGCUGACGGCUCUGUCCGGCGAGCGCUACUGCGCCAUUGUGAAUCCCCUAAGAAAGUUGCAGACCAAGCCGCUGACCGUCUUCACGGCCGUGAUCAUCUGGAUCAUGGCCAUCCUGCUGGGCAUGCCCUCGUUCCUGGUGUCGGACAUCAUCGUCUACCCGAUGCCAACGCCCGCCGGAAACGGCACCAUCAAAGUCUGCUCGCCCUUCCGCUCCAAGAUUUAUGCAAAAUAUAUGAUAGCAGCCAAGGCCUCGAUUUACUAUGUGGUGCCGUUGUGCAUCAUCGCGGUGCUGUACAUCAUGAUGGCCAAGCGGCUGCACAUGAGCGCUCGCGACAUGCCCGGCGAGCAGCUGAGCGUGCAGAGCCGGACACAGGCACGGGCCCGGCGACAUGUGGCCCGCAUGGUGGUUGCCUUCGUGGUCGUGUUCUUCAUUUGCUUCUUUCCCUACUACGUGUUCGAGCUGUGGUACCACUUCUAUCCCACCGCCGAGGACGACUUCGACAGCUUCUGGCACAUGGUUCGCAUCGUGGGAUUCUGCACAAGCUUCCUCAAUUCGUGCGUCAAUCCCGUGGCCCUGUAUUGCGUGUCCGGCGUAUUUCGGCAGCACUUCAACCGCUAUCUCUGCUGCAUGUGCGUCAAGCGGCAGCCGCACCUCCGGCAGCACUCCACGGCCACUGGCAUGAUGGAAAACACCAGCGUAAUGUCGAUGCGUCGCUCCACCUACGUGGGCGUGGGCACCGGCACCGGCACCGGCAGCGGCAGCGGCAGCGGAGGUGGCAAUCUUCGAGCCUCGUUGCACAUGAACAAUAAUCAAGGCGGAGGAGGUAUGCGUGGUGGCAGCUUCCACCGCCAGGACUCAAUCCCAUUGCAGCACGGAAAUGGCGGGAAAGCUGCUGGCAGUGGCCCCACCGGAUCCGCCGGACGUUCGGCCGCCAUCAGUGAGAAGAGGUGAGGCACGCUGAUUGUGGAGCUGCUGGAGGAUGAGGAGGAGGUGGUGGUCUCCCUGCAGGCCGACGAGCAGCUCUAAGCGAACCAUUGAUCUCACUUUGUGUGCGCACCACCAUCCCAGUGACCCAAUAAACCUGAAACCCCCCCGUAGCCCUUUGCACCUAGCACCAACCCUUGACCCCUUGGCAACAGCUCUGCCCGCUGGCAUUCCAUGGAUUAAUUUGGAAACUCGUUACCCAAUCGGAAGUGGGAGAAGCGAUGGUAAUAUUGGACACAAUUUGCAUUUUAUUAUGGGCUCACA